AUGCAGCAGGAAGGCGAGGCCUCGGCGGCUUGGUCGGCCGCUGUCGACACUUCGAAUCAGAUGAACGGAUACAACAUCCGAGGGAUUCUCAAUUUUCUCCAAAAGAACUGGUCAAGCUUUGAGCGGGAUCGGGCAUCAUGGGAAGGCGAACGCGCCGAGUUGAAGGCCUAUAUCGGCUUUUUGGAGGGCGAACGGCGUGGACAAAACAACCUCAAGCGGGAUCUCGUUCGCCGAAUUAAAAUGCUCGAGUAUGCGCUCAAGCAGGAGCGUGCCAAGUACCUCGCGCUGCUGGCAUCGUCUGAGGGCAAGUCUGGCAAAGUCAACGGCUCGGCCAUCCCCCCACCUAAUCUCGCCGAUGACGAGCCACCGGCGUCGACAGCAGCGGCCAAGCUCGAAUCCAAGCUGCGACCAGCCGCGUUCGCGUCGACACGUGCGGCCACCAAAAAGUCCCGCCAUAUUUUGCGUCGCUACAUGCAAGAGAUGGGUCUGACGGACUCGAUGAUCCAGGCAGAGGCUGAGGCAGUGGCUGAAGCGGUCGAAUCACGCAAAAAACGGUUGUCGAGCUCGACUCUGGUGCACAACAGCCGCAAGGCGCUUCCGGCUGCUGCCCCUGCUGCUGCCGCUGCUGCUGCCAGUGCUGGUCAGGAAACACAUUCGGCUGGUGCCAUCCCAGCGCCGGUUCCGAUUGUCGUCGAGACGGUUGGCAAGAAGGCCACCGUCGCCACAGAGGACGAGGUUUUGGCUGACUUUGACUUUUUGUCGGAGGACGAGACUGCCGGUGCCGACAGCACAGCAGCUCCAGCAGCCUCCGCUGCCUCGAGCGGCUCGGCCGCAGCCCCCGCAGCAUCGGCAUCGGCAUCGGCAUCGGCCGUGGACGACGUGUUUGCCUCCCUGGACGACGCCAUUGAGGCCGGCGAGAGCUCGACGACGACGACGACGACGACGACGACGACGACGGAAGCGCCCGUGUCCCCUGCCAAAUCGCCAGUCUCGGCGACGGUGGUCGUAUCAUCUCCGUCUGCCAGCGCGCCCGAGGCUGAUUUGCAAAGCUUUAUGCCGCGCAAGGGCUCGAAAGCUCGUGCUGGUGGCGUCUCGAAGGCGGCCAUGGCGGCUGCCGCUGCUGCGCUCGCCUCGUCCGAGGAGGAGCCGGAGGGAAACGAAACCAAGUACGACUCCAACCAACUGGCCAAGGUCAUGAAGCACUGGGACAAGACCAAGCCGACCAGCCGCAAGGCCUCGCACGGCAAGUCUUCCACCAAGUCCCCGAGCAAAUCGAGCAUUAUGGACAUGUUUGGCUCCUCGGACGACAACGACACCAACCGCGGUGGCAACUCUGUGACCGAGGCCGAUGUCCUCGGAGAGUUGGCCGAUCUGUCGGUUGCUGGUGACUCUGAGCAGGGAGACCAGCAGCGAUUUGACACCGAGUCUGGCUCCCACCACCAAUGGAAGCCAAAGUACACCUUCCGCGGGCACUUUGACUCUGUGCGCUCGAUUGCCUUCCACGACACUGAGCCGGCUGUCCUGUCAGCGUCGGACGACGGCACCAUCAAGCUCUGGAACUUUAAGAACAUGCCCUCUGGCAGCAAGAAAUCCACCCACUCGCCAGACCUCGACCCCAUCUACACUUACCGAGGCCACACCGAUGCCGUCACCAGCAUUGCCACCUCGAUCAAGGACGGAAUCUUCUUCACUGGCAGCCUGGAUGCCACCGUGCGCGUUUGGCGACUCUACCCGCUGUCGCAGCCUGCCUACGCCAACUUUGACCCGCUCAUGAGCAUUGAUACGUUCAAGGGCCACACGGACGCCGUUUGGUCGCUGUCUGUCCAUCCCGUGCACGACAUUUUGGCCUCCAUCUCUGCCGACAAGACGUGCAUUCUGUGGCACUUUAAGAACGUCGCCAACCCGCUUGCUCGCAAGAUUGUGCUGGGCGACGUUCCCACGUCUGUUGCGUUCAUUCACUCCACCCUCUCCAGCUUUGCGAUUUCGUUUGCCUCUGGCAAACUGGUCGCUUACGACAACACGACUGGCAACAAGGUGCUUGACUUUGAGCGAGGCGAAUCGCCUUCCUUUAUCAACCAAGUGGUCAGCCACCCUACGCUGCCUCUUCUCAUCACUGCCAACGACGACAAGACUAUUCAAUUCUUUGACGCUACUGGCGGCCAAUGUACUCAUUCAAUGGUUGCACAUCUCGACUCGGUUUCGACUGUUGCGAUCGAUCAUAGUGGACUUUUCUUGCUGUCUGGCGGUCAUGAUUCUUCUCUCCGUCUCUGGGACAUUGCCAAAAAGUCGUGUCUGCAAGAGAUUGCAUCACAUCGCAAGAAGUUUGACGAAGCUGUGCACCAUGUGCUCUUCCACCCAACCCUUCCAUUCGUCGCCAGCUCUGGGGCUGAUGCAAGCGUCAAGAUUUACGUCUGA